AUGAAUACAAGAAAAAUUGUCCUUCUGUCAGGGUUACAGUCUCUCAGUGACUACCAUUUCAGAGUAGUUAAGUCCUUACUGAUCCAUAACUUACAACUGAAUAAGAAAAUGCAAGAUGAUUAUGACAGUGUUAAGAUUGCUGACUUAAUGGAAGAAAAAUCCCAAAGUGAUGCUGGAUUGAGCAUACUGAUAGAACUGUGCCAAGAUAUUUCAGAACUUGGCAACCUUGUUGAUACACUUAGAAAAAAGAUGGAAAAAGGUAAUAGGGGAGCACCCUGGAUGUCCACCCUUUAUCUACCCUCCCCAACCUUGCAAGGUCCUUGCAGUAUUUAUGGCUGCCCCUUCCCCAGCUUCCACACAAAGGAAGAUUUUGAACUAGAACCAGCUAUGAAGACACCUUCAUCAGAGAAACAUGAAGACACAAUCACCAAAUCACCUGACAUCAUGACAGCACAGUCAUUCCAGGGAGAGCAUAAAUUUCCAGAACAUUCAGCAACCAACAUAUGCCAGGCUGUGAGAGAACCACAGACUCCUCAGAGACUUCCAACAACAGCCUCCAGCAGCCUCCAAACUCCCCUGGAGCCUCCAGAAAUAUCAUACACCGAUUUGACAGCAUCUCAGGGUCCUUCAGCACCAUUUUCCACUAGUGACAAGAUUUCUCAGGUAUCUUCAGUGACAGCCUCCAGCAGUAUCCACACCAUUCAGGUAAAUUCAUUGCUUUCAUACAGUCACCAGCAUCCUCUGAAGUCUCCCAAAACAGUGCCCAGCAGUGUUACAGACCUUCAAGCAAGCCCAGUGACAGUGACCAGCAAUAACCAGGCCUCUUGGAUACCUCAAGCAACAGUGAACAGCAGUGUCCAGACCUCUGGGGUGACUCCAGCAAUAAUGACCAGUGGUAUGAGUCCACAGGUGCCUGCAGCAACAGUAUCUUGCAGUUACAAUACCCCUCAGGUCACCCCAGCAACAGUGCACAGAAGUGUCCCAACCAGUGGUUGUAAGAGUCCCCAGGUGUCUGCAACAACAAUGUCUGGCAGUUUCAGUACUCCUCAGGUCACCUCAGCAGCAACCAGGCCUAGCAGCAACCAGGCCUCUCGGGUGACCCCAGCAACAGUGCCCAAGUGUGUGACCCUUUCAGGUGACUCCAGCAACAAUGACCAGUGGUAUAAGAGACCCCAGGUGUCUGUACCAACAGUAGCUGGCAGUUACAAUACCCCUCAGAUCUCAGAAACAGUGUCCAGCAGCAACCAGGCCUCUCAGGUGACUCCAGCAACAGUGCCCAGCAGGAACCAGGCCUUUCCAGUGACUCCAUCAAUGACCAGUGGUUAUAAGAGUCCACGGGUGUCUGCAGCAACAGUGUCUGGCAGUUACAGUACCCCUCAGGUCAUACCAGCAACAGUGCCCAGCAGGUUCAAGUCUCCCCCACAGUCUCCAGCAACACAGCCCAGCAACUGCAGUUCUCAUCCUUUGUCUUUUGCAAAAGUACGUGGCAGUUUCUCUGCUACUUCAGCAUCCCCACCAGUACCACUCAAGGUAAUGACUGGCUGUUCUCAUAAGUAUAAUGAUGGUGGGAAUGAGCACAGAAAAUUUCCCGUGAAUGCCUUAAAACCAAGACUGAAGACUGUACCAAAACAACCUUCUGAGGAAGAUGGUUACCAUCAAGGUCCCAAACAGGUGAUGGUAUUAAAAGCAACAGAACCAUUUACAUAUGACAUGAGAGAAGACAAAAUGAUGUUCCAUGCCUCAGUGGCCACUGAGACUGAAUUCUUCAGAGUGAAGGUUUUUGACAUAGUCCUAAAGGAGAAGUUCAUCUGCAACAAAGUCAUUGUCAUCUCAGAUUAUGUUGGCCACAGUGGUUUUCUAGAAAUACACAGAGCCGCCAGUGUAUCUGAGGUGAAUGGCAGCAAUAUGAUGACUAUCCCACUUUCACUGAAACAAAGAGCCAAUGCAACACCUAAAAUUAAUACUAUUUGUACACAAAGAGGAGGAACAUUUGUGAAUGGAGUAUUUGCAGUGUACAUGAAAAUAGUGAAGAAUGAAUUCAUUUAUUAUGGAAUAGAAGAUAAAACAGGGAAGAUGGAAGUUGUGGUACAUGGACAAUUUACCAAUAUGCACUGUGAACCAGGGGAUAAACUUAGACUCUUGUGCUUUGAACUGAGCUCGUGUAUAGAUAAGUGGCAGCUGAGAUCUGGGAGGCACAGUUACUUGCAGAUGUGUGGUCUAAGGAAUCGUCAAUCUUCUAGUAAUCACUUUUAA